AUUUUAUUUACACGCAUGUUCGCUAGAAAAAUUCCAAAUCUUAUUUAUGAAUGAUACUACCCAUCGUAAUCUACUUUCUGUAAUACAAAAAUUCCAUUUUGUUACAGAAGAAAGUUCUAGACAUUAGUAACGUAUCCAUCCGAACGUCUUCGAUAAAUCAAAAUUCCCUUCUCCUUAACCCUUUCUCCAAAGAACGUCGUUGCGUGGUAACUCAGCCAAAUAAAAUCCAUCAAUCAUCCACACAAUAAACCAAAAUCCCCCGGUGUCUGACAGCGCAACCGUGAAAAACAACGUUAUCAAAACCUCGAAACACCCGUAACCGAGUUUCCAUAAUCUUGUAUCUUCAUCUCGAAUCAAGGACCUCGACCUUCCUUCAUCGAUGACCGUUACUGCCAUCUUUUUCCCCUCGUCCCUACCAAUUCCAGGAACAUCCAGCUCCGUGGCUGGUGUAAAGAAAGAAAGGGCGCGAGAGAGGAAAAUCGAGGCUCGAGGAACGGGAAUCGAGUGUGCGCAGUCGCGGGACUGUUCGAUGUCGCGGAGCAGUCAUCGUGGAGAGCGACGAGUUUCUCGCCGCGUGUACACGUAUAUAUCAGGCGGGAGGAGCGGUCGUCCGGUUGUCCAGGAUCGCGAUAAUCGGGUGAAAGGUAGACGGUGACUUGCAGUGCCAAAGAGAGGCCAAAGUGCGAUCGAAUCAACGAAUAACGAUCGCACGACUUAAUCUUCGAGGAGACACGUUGUCUCUUCGAGAAAGCUCCGUCCAGUCCAUUCGAACGAUCCUAAUGGCCGCCAGGACUCGAUCGAACCACCCACACAGACACGUAAAUGUAAUCCUUUAAUCGUGUGCUAUUUAAAUAUUCGAGACAUGAGAUGGACGUGAGAGGCUCCUCGAGGAUCGAGGCGAAACCUCGCGAUAACCGUGAACGAAUCUGCUCCGGUUUCGUCGAUCAUUCGUUGAAAAUCGUUGUCUUCGUUGAGAGACCUGGUGCAUCGAUCGCGAAAUACGAGGCAACCGAUCGUCGGUGCGGGCAGAACCUUACGAGCUUCCGGGAGCGGCGUGCGGCCUCCUGAAAAACCAGCCCGCUUCCCGAUCGAUCCCGGAAUAUGACCUUCGAGUCACGUGUGCCGCGGCGCGACACGCAAGUCACCGAUACGAGCGGUUCCGACUCGCGAGGCGGACUGGACAUCGAUCACGAGGAUCGCGCGCCGCGGCGGACUUUUCGACGCUGACGCGCCGGACGCGGGAUUUUCCCUUCCGGGACGACACGACACACUGCCACACGGGGGUGAGAAAGAGAGAACCACGGGGAUCGAUACGAGCAGCGGGAAAGUUGCCGAGAGGAAGGAAUCGAGUCGUGGACCGGGUCAAAGAGGAAUUGCAAAUUCGAACCAAGUUUCACGCUGUUCCGCCGACUAAAUCGGAAAUUUUUGGUGCACGUCGAUUAAGAGGGUGAAUCGAUGUCGCAGAUACGCGCGCAGGAAAUACAUGGGAUAUUUGAAGAAGAGGAAGAAUUCGAGGAGCUCUGGAAAGUUGACGGGUGAUAAAUGCUUUUGGAUGAGAGCAGGGAUUUGUUCUUCUGGCUCGUGAUUAUGUCACAGAUCGGAUGAGAAAUUUUCGUCGAGUAUCGAUAAAGAAGGUGAUUCGAUGUAUAUGUAGAUACUCGUGCGGGGAACGUAUGGAAUAUUUAAGGAACGAGACGAAUUAUAAACUGGAAAGUUGAUGGUGAAUGAAACUUGGUUCUGGUUCCUGACUCGUGGUUAUGUCAGACGAGUGGAGAUUCCUGGAAACACAAUGAUAGACCGUAAACAUCGUACAGGAUAGGCUUGAUUCCCUGUCAAUAAUUUCUGUGUUCUAAUUAUUGUCUUGAUCGACGAAUCAGAGAGUAAUCUCGAGCAAUCUAUUUUAUUUAUCAACAAGAUGGUGAGCUGUGAUUGUUCUUCGCGAGAAUCGAGGUUGGACGUCUGUCAAUGAUGUCAGUGUUCUGUUGACCUCGCGUUCCAUAGAUGUACGAUUCUGUUCUAUAGUUGCAACCGUGGUUACAUAUAUAUCCACGAUUCUAUUCUAUAGUUACAGCUGUGACUAGAUAUUCACGUAAAUUAACAAUGAGGUUCUAUAUCGGUCGAACGAUCGACGGUGAACUGUGAUUAUCCGUUCUGUCAAUAAUGAUUUUCAUUUCGUUGAAUCACGACCGAAUGCUUUGCUUUGCACAGAGUCGAUCGAUUAUCUAACCGUGACCACUUCUCACGUAAAUUGGACCUCGAUAAUCGAUGCGAAACCAGUGCAACCAAUCCCAUCGAUCUUCGGCUUGCGAGCACAUGACUAUCCAGAGAAAGAGAAAGAAGAGGACAGUGAAUUAUCAGCGUUUUUCGAACAAACUUUCAUUCGAAAUUAGUCAACGACACGAGUGUUUCGAUUCUAUUGAUUAUGAAAUAAAUUUCACGAGACACUUCUUUUUUUUAGACUCUUAUUAAUAAGAAACGAACAAGAGGUGAUUUAUGACUAAGAACCGCGAUAUCCAUGAAUGAUACCAAUGUUCUAAUCUUGUGGCCAGCCACUGGUCGAAGGCGAUAUAACAGAGGAUUCUUUGUUUAGAACUGUUCUUCUACUUUUCGCUCAAUUGCCCGCCUUCGAGGAGAAAUCAGCCAAUACGUCCGCUAUUCUGAUCGUUUUCUCCGUAAAUAGAAAAAAGGAAACUAUAAAAGGCAGUAAUAAACGAAAAAAGAAUCGUCCUUGAAAAAUGGACACGAUAGAUCGAUCAGACGAUAAAAAACGCUUGGUGAUAAACGCAGAGCUUAUUACCCGUUCAGUUUUCUACCAGCCGCAGGGUUUUUCUAUUCAGCUUUUGUCGUAGUUUUAUCGUCAAUUUAGAGAGUUUUUUGAGCACGAGAGGUCGGCAUACCGUCACCGCGUGAUCGAUAAUCGCAGCUUCAUUUCGAAAACAUCCUUGGACGGGCUCGUUCAAGGACCACGUUCGAAUGAUCGAACCACUCGAAGGAGAAUACGUAGGAUCGAUAUUAUUCUCGGCCACGUGACGUGAUAUGUAAUUUACCGUCAAAAAUAGAAGAAAAAUACGAAAUCACAUGAUCCCUAAAUACUCAGGGAUUCGCGUUAGGUUUCGAUAAAAUCGUCCACAUGUUUUAGAAAUACCUAUUAAUGCAAAAGUAUCCAUCCAAGAAGCGUUGAAAGCUGGCUAUGUUGAUUCCUGGCCUCCUCGAGUACGGGUUGUAGAAUGUCAGAGGCUCGUUUUCACAACGCGCAUGUCCAGUGCCUUGACUACCAACGGGACGCCUAUACCUUGGCCGACGUUGCGAGCCACUAGGGUUUCAAGGGGGUUGAGCAAGGAUAGAAGAGGGAAAGGAAGGAGAGAAAGAGAGAAGCAGAAGCGACGAGUAUCAAAGUUGCUCGUCGUGGUGUUCGCAAUAAAGUAACCGUGAUAAAAAGCGAGGCCUGUCACUCGCGGCUGGACGGUGUAGCGUGGAAGACGUGGAGAGAGCGUAGAGAGCCAUUGAAGUGGCUAAAGUUUACCCGGAAAAGUUAAAGUGGUCAGAGAAGAAAAAAAAAAAAAAGGAAAGAAAGGGAGUAAGAGGAAGACGAGCUAAUUGGUUCGACAACUCCGUUCAAGUUCAACAAUUAAUCAUUGGCUGUGCUGUUACUCUUCGUCUGAGCUUAAAAAAUAGCGACUAGUAAAUCAAUCGUGAAAGACAUCCCAAGAACAACAUAGAGAUUCAAAGAAGAUACAGAAGUAAACAAAGAGAAAGAUAUUUUUGCUACGUCCUUUCUAGCGUUCGAGACGUACACACGUGGUCGUCGAUUUCAACGUCCAUUUAAACAGACUGACUUUUCAGCCUCCAAUUUUCAAAGAGGAUUUAUUCAAGCGAAUAAAUCGAGGAUAUAACAGAAGGAAGAUUCUUAAAUCCGAAUCACCGUCCCACUGUACGUUUCUAUCCUUCAUUUUGCUACUCUUCACGUACGUAGACGUGACGCUUUGCUCAACAUGUCGUUCCGUAAUAUCUUGCGGAAGUGCAUUAACAAGACGCGCCAGAUAAUUGGCCACGCGCUGAAGAGGUGAACCGUUGAACUCGUGUGCACGAUGUCGAGCUGCAGCAAGAGCACGUGAUCGCUGGUACAGUCAGGAACAGGUGGAAGUUGGUGAACAACGCGGUUUAUUAAAGGUCUGACGUGGGAGGAUGACGAAGUACGGAUUGGCCAGGCUGGCACUUUGGAGGCCGAGACGUUCGGUUACCUCGCAGCCAACGAGCCAGCAGGAAAACAACCCUCUGAUGGAGGGCGAGAGUGGCGGCGGUGGCGGCCGUUCUGUGACCAGCGCUGGUGGGGGUGGAGGAGGAGGUGGAGGUCGACGGGCACCGAGUCUACGGCUGGUGAACGGAAGAGCGACUACGGGGGUUAGUUUGCACACCAGCAGCACAGAAUCCGUUCGUUCACCCCAUCACCACCUCGGCCAGCAGCAGGGGGGCAACAAUAACAAUAACAACAACAACCAUAAUAAUAAUAACAACAACAACAAUAACUGCCACGCCGGUAAUAACCCCGCCGCGAACAAUCAUCCACGGCUUAACAAAGAUGACAGCAUCAAGAUCAGCAUCGAGAACACGAACACUUGCACGGACAGCCUCGUCACUGCUCUAGACGACGAGACAUUGCUCAUCACGGAUUUCGUAGCCGACCAAGGCAACGAGAUGAAUUACAAGGGCAGCGGGAAGGUCCACUUCGGAGUGGACGAUGUGUCCCUCUACGGGACGCCGAAGGAGGAGCCGGGCCCGGGUCUUCCGGGCCAGGAAGUCAAGCAGAGCUUCUUGAAGAAUCAGCUUCAGGCCCUGUUCCAGCCUACCGACAACAAGCUGGCUAUGAAGCUGUUCGGAAGCAAGAAAGCUUUGAUGAAGGAACGGAUCAGGCAAAAGGCUGCAGGUCACUGGGUCAUCCAUCCUUGCUCCAGUUUUCGAUUCUACUGGGAUCUCUGCAUGCUCCUCCUGCUGGUAGCUAAUCUGAUAAUUCUGCCAGUCGCCAUUAGUUUUUUCAAUGACGACCUAAGCACUAGGUGGAUAGCCUUCAACUGCCUUUCCGACACGAUAUUCCUCAUAGACAUUGUCGUCAACUUCAGGACAGGCAUAAUGCAACAGGAUAACGCCGAACAAGUGAUCCUGGACCCGAAGUUAAUCGCGAAACACUACCUCAGGACUUGGUUCUUUCUCGACCUCAUUUCCUCCAUACCACUAGACUACAUUUUCCUCAUAUUUAAUCAAUUUCAGGACUUUAGCGAGUCCUUCCAGAUCCUGCAUGCUGGCCGUGCUCUCAGGAUCCUCAGGCUUGCGAAACUGUUGUCGCUGGUUAGGUUACUACGAUUGUCAAGACUGGUGCGGUAUGUCUCGCAAUGGGAAGAGGUCUAUAUCCCCCUUUAUCAACAGCCGGAGAGGCACUACGAGCGUCGGGCGACACCGCCCCAACCAGACCGAACCAGCAAGAUAUUGCAGAACCUACAAAAAAAACGCACUGAGCGGAGGGGGCGCCUAAGUUCUGACAAUAUGAGUAAAAAGAAGUCCGGUUUCAGCAAAAGCGACCUUAUUUUUAAGUUCCUGAAUAUGGCGUCGGUGUUCAUGCGGAUUUUUAACCUGAUUUGCAUGAUGCUCCUAAUUGGUCACUGGAGUGGCUGCCUACAAUUCCUGGUCCCAAUGCUCCAAGGGUUUCCUAGUAACUCAUGGGUCGCCAUCAAUGAAUUACAAGACUCAUUUUGGCUGGAACAAUACUCAUGGGCCCUUUUCAAGGCCAUGUCGCACAUGCUCUGCAUAGGAUACGGAAGGUUUCCACCGCAAUCCUUGACCGACAUGUGGCUCACUAUGCUCAGUAUGAUCAGCGGUGCUACCUGUUAUGCACUUUUCCUUGGACACGCGACGAAUCUCAUUCAGUCGCUCGAUUCCUCCAGGAGACAAUACCGCGAGAAGGUUAAACAAGUAGAGGAAUACAUGGCCUAUCGAAAGUUACCACGAGAAAUGAGACAAAGGAUCACGGAAUAUUUCGAGCAUCGCUACCAGGGCAAAUUCUUCGACGAGGAACUGAUCCUCGGAGAGCUGUCGGAGAAAUUAAGAGAAGACGUGAUCAACUACAACUGCAGAUCGUUAGUCGCGUCCGUGCCAUUCUUUGCCAACGCCGAUUCCAACUUUGUCUCGGAUGUCGUUACCAAACUGAGAUACGAAGUCUUCCAGCCGGGUGAUAUCAUCAUCAAGGAAGGUACGAUCGGCUCUAAAAUGUACUUCAUACAAGAAGGCAUAGUCGAUAUCGUGAUGGCGAACGGCGAGGUCGCAACUUCGCUGUCAGAUGGCUCGUACUUUGGCGAGAUCUGUCUACUGACGAACGCGAGGAGGGUAGCCUCGGUCCGUGCCGAGACCUACUGCAAUCUCUUCAGCCUCUCGGUGGAUCAUUUCAACGCCGUGCUGGACCAGUAUCCAUUAAUGCGCAGAACGAUGGAAAGCGUUGCCGCCGAGAGGUAUAAGCUUUGGUUGAACAAAAUCGGCAAGAAUCCGAAUCUGGUGGCCCACCGCGAGGAGGAUCUUGGAAGCGAGUCGAAGACGAUAAAUGCCGUGGUGAACGCGCUCGCUGAGCAAGCUGCGCAUGCUAGCGCCAGUGAAGAAUCGGUACACAGCAUGGAGCUGAGGACUCUUCCCGCUUGUCUGUUGCCCAGACCAAAGUCUGAGAAUAAUUUCGCGAGUCAGGAGCUCUCCCGAGAGGGACGACGGAUCUUCCACAAGAGCGACACUUUCCACAAGGAUUCGUAUCAAUGACGACACUCGUUAUACUAGCAUACAGAGAGAUACUAACGGCUCCAUGAGCGACAGUGGCGUUGUACACUGUCGAUCGGAUCGUUGGCAGCCGUUUUAAGCCUAGAUCCUGGACGCUACACUAGAAGCAAUCUAUACAUAGAUAUACGCUAUGCCAGUAGUCUUCUAGCGAUCGGUUUCUAGCGCCUUCUUAUAUUAACCUGACGGCACGUUCUAGUCCAGGAUCUAUGCAUAAAAUCGCGCGGACCAAGAGAAUACCGACGUUCUCCAGCGAUGGCACGGCACAACACACAAAAUAAAACCAUCGUUUAGGCGUAACGCUAUUAUUUUCCCCGUCUACAAGACGUUCAACCUCAACAGCAAUAAACGAAGCAACCGACAAAAAGAAGAAGAACAGAAAACAUUACUGUGGAGGGUUAGCUACGAUCGUUGUCCUUCGUUGUCACGAAACGAUCGCAUGAGGAUAGAGAAACGAUCGAGAAAUAUUUUCAACGGAGGAUCUUGUGCUCGACAAAGGAAGAAGAAGAGAAUCGACAAACAGAUAGACAGCUGUGCCAUCGAUCGGAGAACACGGAGCCGUUAAUUCCUGCCGCGAGUCUUCUUCAUCGACGCAGGCGUCGCAACCAUAAAGCGAACAGAAACUGAUGCGACGACUGGAUGAAGACCUCAACGACGACGAAGAGCAGGCCUAGAAAUUUAUAGAGCAUAUGUAGAGCCCAUCGUGGACUAGGUAGAAAAAUCCUAAACGACAGUGUUAAACGAUGCGUAAAUUUCUCUGUGAUUUUGCAAAAGCCGUACGUUUCGCACUUUUAGGGAAAAAAUGAUGAAACACAGGGGCGAGGGGGGGGGGUAUGAAAACAAGAAAGAGGAUAACCUACACACGAACGAUUAGGAUUCUGUUUUUGGUUCUUUUCUAAGACAACUAACUAACAUAUUGAAGAGGACGGGAGAGAAACUCGUGAAACGAGGGGUAUUCCAGUUAUAAGUUUGUUAACGUGUUUUAACUUUAGCUUCGUAUCGUUGGAUAGUCCCGUACGAGUGAUCGAACGAAUAGUAAGAUUAAGAGAAGAAGGAAGAAGCAACGUGUAAUAUAAGAGCUGGCAAUCGAAAGGGAAUUUGAACGAAGAUAAAGGAAAAGGAAGAUCGAAGAGGAUGUCCCAUUUAUCGCGGCUAAUCUGUCCUAAUUUUUGAGAUCGAAGGAACACGCCUGCGAUUCAGAACUCGCUUCUAUGCUAUUUUAUUUUCGAAAUGGAAAAUCUUAAUAAUAAAUAGAAAAUACGUCUCAAAUCGAUUCGGGGCAAUGGACAAAUUACCGAUAUCGAAUCGCAGUCAACAGAUCUAUUCAAUUAAAAAUCGGGGUUUCGGAAGACCGUGCUGAGACGCCAACAGAAGGGAAAGGAUCCAGCGCCACGGGAAUCGAGAUGGAUGAAUGUGUGAGAAUUUUUCAGGGUUACAAUUUUGAGGACAAACGGGGUAUCGAGUGAAGAAAUUUAAGUCGUUCUACAAAAGAGAGAAAAUUAAUAUUAUAAAACAAAUCUAAAUCGAAGGCCCAAAGAUCGUGUUAACUUGUUGAGUGUUCUUUGGGCUGCCACGGCUAAUAUAAAACAAAUGUAACACAAACGUCAAUGAAUGAGAGAUAAAAUUAAGUAAGUGGAACGCAAGAGAGAGCGAAAGAGAGAGCGAGAGAUAAGUAUCUUUUUAUUCGGGUGAAAGACACGCGAUGUAUUAUAAGAAGCGAACAAAACAAAAGAAACAAAAUAGAAGAAAGAAAGGAAGGUAUAAAUAUUAUGUAAUAAAUUAUUAUUAUUGUUACCGGUUA